CCACGAGCACCCUGCUUAGCACAUACACGCUUUCAAAGUGUCAUCCAUCAUACCUCUGCUAGCCGACAUUGAACAAUGCAUCGCAGCGCUUGAAUGUCAUCGUCUACACGUUUCAUCGUCAUCGCCAACACCUCACAGCACUGCGCAGCCUUUGCCUCCAAUCGUACUCUAGGAAGAAUUUCGCGUUCAAUGUAGCCAGCCAAUCGUCGUUCUGAUACGAGGCAUCGGGCCCGUUGUCGGCAUGAUGGCUAGCGGCGACUCGGCAAAUUCUCGAAAGCAUCGCCUAAGCCAAGGAAUUGCUGCGAGCCCAGAAGAGAGCAGAGUCUCCCGUGCAUCCACCUCUGCUUCUGCUUCUACCAAACGACUUUCCUCGCACCGAGCUGCUUCGCGAGAUGUGUCGCAUCAGCGAUCACAGCUGACGUCGACAUUCAAUCGAGGACAGACGACGAAAGAGAUGCUUUGCUCGCAGUGCUACACCCAACAGAACAAGUUCUAUUGUCAUACCAGAUGUCUGCCUGCCAGAAUAUCCGCUCAUCGAGAUGAAGUCAGACGCUUGAGCAGGACAAGGGAUGCAAUUGCUGAGCAGGCACGCGGCCUGCUUGGCCUUGAAUAUGCGCCCGGCCAGGCGAUGUAUACCCAGGGCGAAAGGCUAGCGAGCGGAGGACCGGGCAGGGAGAUGGACGUGAGGACUAGAAACAGACUGGCCUUGGCGUCUAUGUCGGGUCCUUCGAAAGUCCUGGCAUCAGCGUCAACAUUUACGGAUCCAGUCGUGGGUGCAGGAGACACGUUACAGGCAGGCGCUGAACAUGCGACGGAGGAAGCCGGCCCAUCCGUGGCUGCUCAUAGGUACGCAAACGUCGCAUCGAGGUCCAGACGGGCUUUAGCCGAAGCUCUGCAGCAGACAAGCGACUCAGCAAAUCGAUCCUCGUUUGCCUUACGAGAUGCGAACGCCUUGCAAUGGAAGCGCAUCGAAUCUCGGCGACAGGCGCUCGACGUAAGGAAGUCGAUGUUGCGGAACGCCAAGACGAUAUUGGCUGCCAAUCGAGACGAGUCGACUGUAGCGAAGCCUAUCCAGGCUGGUCCCGGAGCUUGGCCCUGGCUUCAGGAAUCGAGUGCGAGCAACGACAGCAGCACGCCUGGAUCGCAAAUCGUAGGCGUCAUGUCUGGCUGCGUCACCAGGGCCUCGUUGGAUGGGUUGAGGGCGCAGGUGAAAGGUCUGGAGCGGAUUGCAGAGCAACAAGCCGAUGAGCUCCGAAAGAUUCGAGCGUCUCGAGUCCGGGAAAUCUGUUCCAUCUUCACACUCUCCCCGCCAGCGGCGAGCUUUGCAAGCGUGGCUGCUGCGGGCACUCAGCAGUCAUCCGGUCCUAGCAUCUUAUCCAUGGCGCGGGCGCAAAGAAGUCGAGAGCGGUAUCACUCCGAAUCGACAGAUCAAGAGCGCGAGCGUUCACUUGGAGGAUUCGACUCUCGAGGCGCGCCACCCACAGCUUCUCGGGGAAUCGUGGCGGCCGCCAAUGCUGCACUUGCGAAUGCCAGAACAGCUCAUGCUCACGAUUGGACAGUAGCUGGAAACGUCUUGCCUAUGCCAUCUGACAUUCGGCGCUUCCCGAGAGAUGCGAUCAAUGGAGCUACAGAAUACACGUCUCAGCUCAUAGAGCUUGUCGCUGCGUACCUCGGCUUGCAAUUACCCUUUGCAUUCGUCAACGACGCUGGUGCCCUUACUGCUCGACAAUGUCCGCUCUGGUCUCGUAGCAGAAUCCCUGAAGUAUCUUUGUACCUCUCUAAUUCUGCCUAUGACGUCUUGACUGCACCUUCUCCGCCUAGUGGAGGUCCGAGCAGUCUGGCAAUGUCCACUCUGUCCACACUGGAGUCUUUCGUACAGCUGCCGGGCGGCAACCACUUCUCUUGGGGUCUUGCGUCUGUGCUCGGAGGCAACGCAGGCCGCAGUGAAGCGGGUUCGUCACAGGACGUAGCACCGAACAAAAGGAACUCUGCCACCCAAAAUCAGACACAGGCGCGGAAUGCAGUAGCAGUGUCCAGCAAGGCGGCGGCUAUCAUCGGGAGCGAAGAUCCAGCAAACUCCGCUGCCUCCAACUUUGUUCAGCUAUUGACCAUCAUUGCUUACAAUGCUGCUUUCAUUGCGCAAAAGCAAGGCGUCGGUGUGGAUCUGCACGAAGCUGCUGGAAGCACUUUGCGUCUACUGUCCAGGGUGGUGACGAGCCCCGAACUCGGCAGGUACUCGCACGCCAGCUUUCAUGGCUCGAGUCAUCUCAAGGGCAUGUCCGUGGUCGAUCUGGACUUUGACAAGCUGCAUCAAAGGCGACUCUUGCCCUUGCUCGGCUCCAAGGAGGAGGGCGCCGAAAGAUCGAAGACCUCCAGCGCCCAAAAAUCUUCUUCGUCGAGCACCCGAAAGGCUCCCGAAAGCUCGAGCAAGAGGGCCUCGAAAAAAUCGGUUGCGCAGGCGCCAGUGAUGGAAGAGAGCUACGUGGAUGCUCAGGGAGAUGUAGCGUCUUUCUUGGACGUGAGAGACGUCAAGAGCACGCGUUUCCAGCUUGGUGCAGAGGGCGGGUCGCCCGCACCUUCCAGUGGCAGUGGUCAGACUGCAAGAGAAAGGGAGCCAGCGCGGCGUGCUGCGCUUGGUGGUGCUCAAGAUGGCAUGGUCCCGUACAGAGGUCCACCGGCGGCAAAAUCCAGCGCAGUACCUCCUACGUUGGACUUCCUCGCAUCUAAAGAGAAGACUGCCAAGAGAUAUAGAUCGGAUCGGAGUGGCACAUCAGGAGCGUCCAGUGCGCUUCCUGGCGCUCGCGAAAGCAAUGAACCAAGCGAGGCUCCUCCGCCCAGCAUACUCCCGAAUACAAUCCAACAGCAAACCAAAGCAUUUCGACGCCCUCGAAAUCCAGUUGGAGGCGUGACCUUCAAUGGGGUCGAAGUGGGAGCGACGCUGAGUGAGCCAAGCGACGAUGAGAAUUGGUACGGCAUGCCAGUGAACGAGGCGCGUGGAGAGACGGACUCGUCUUCACCUUUCCGCUCGGCUGAUGUCGCACUCACGAUUGGCAAAAAGGAAGAUGAGUGGCACGUCAUCUGAACGAGAAAAGGGGGGAGAGCACAGAUCGCCUGCUCGCCCUCGUGUCGGGGGG